AUGACUGGGUUACGCAUCAAACCUGUUGAUGACUUCAAACAGAUGGUUCCAGAGCGCAGAGAAUCCUCGAAUCGUGAGAACUUCUUUCCGGGAGCUGGAACUGGAAUGAACGAACUGCAGAAUCCACCGCAGCCCGAUACAAAUUGUCUUUGUUGGAUUUGCAAUCAUCAGCAGCAAAAUGAUCAAUGUUCAUCAGAUGUCUCCCAGCAGCCCAAAAUUCAUGCAGCAGGUAAUAUGGAAGAAGAUAUGACGAAUGCUGUUGUCGGUACAAGAAAUACACGAGAAACAGAAAACCAUAAUGAAUCCUCGAGUAGAACGCGUGGGAUCCUUAACAAAAUUAGGCUUAAUGGAUCUUUGGCAAGGCCAUCUAGUUCUCAGGAAACAUUUCGAAGUAAUUGUAAUGAAAAAUUGGUGGUUAAGGAGAAUUCUUUUAAAUUACAUCAAUAUCCAAGAAGAAACAUUUACAACUUAUUAUGUCCUGAUUGCGAUAGAGCUAGAGAGUCCAGACCGUAUCAAAAAUUGGAUCUGGUGUCGCAGAUGACUGGGUUACGCAACAAACCUGUAGAUGACUUCAAACAAAUGGUGCCAGAGCGCAGAGAAUCCUCGAAUCGUGAGAACUUCUUUCCGGGAGCUGGAACUGGAAUGAACGAACUGCAGAAUCCAACGCAGCGUCGUAAUGGUCAUUUAUUUGAAUGGUUUGAAUAUCUAAGUUACACCAUGUUAUAA